CGGGAUUUUAUGUCGUAAUCUGACAAAACAAAGCUAAAAAAAAUUUUUGACACAUUCAUCGAAAGAUGAUCGAAUAUGUGGUGUGAAUUUAUAGCUCCAAACAAAUAUCAUGCCGUAGUGCAGUGAAAGUUGCGAAAAGACAUUAUUGGGACGUUUAGUUAUGAGCUAACGCAGUUUAUGUACUUGAAUAAUUCAAUAAUCUACUCGUCGGUUAACAAUUAACUACAUAAUAAUGGAGAUAUCUUUAAGAAAACUUGAAGGUUCGAUUUGGAAAUGAAUUAAGAAACAUUAAUUCAUCUACAAUGGAUUAUGAAUUGGAGGUGUUCGAAGUGUACGACGAUAGCGAUCAGCAGACUUCGAAAAGGCACUCGAAGCACACGAGAAAAAAGUGCAAACAGAAACAGAAAGCCGCAGUUUUAGGUCUCGAAAGUACUGAUAACGACCUUAGUAAAUCUAAAAGUAGUGUUUUGGGCAGUGAUAGAAGGCACUUGAGUGUUAGGGAAUCCAUAUUAAGUGUGUUUACGAAAUUGGUAGUUUGGCGAGAUCAACGGCGCUACCAGACCACUGUUCCUGACAGAAUUGAUUCACCUCAUACUUCCAAAGACUUCCGAAAAGGCUACAUACCUUGUGAUAAUCAGAGAAGAAUCCACGCAAAUGACCGAACUUUCAACUCCCAAUUUCGCUAUGCUAGUAACUACAUAAAGACCUCGAAAUACUCGUUACUGACGUUCCUGCCCCUGAACCUGUUCGAACAGUUCCAGCGCUUGGCGAACUUCUACUUUUUGUGCCUUUUGGUGUUGCAGCUGAUACCGGCUAUCAGCAGUCUCACUCCGGUUACCACAGCGCUACCCCUCAUCGGUGUACUCGGACUCACUGCCGUCAAGGACGCCUACGAUGAUAUACAACGUCACAUUUCUGAUUCACACGUCAACAACAGAAAAUCGAGGGUGGUCCGCAAGGGUCAGCUCGUCAAGGAGAAAUGGUCGGCAGUCCAAGUCGGAGACAUCAUUAGAAUGGACAAUAAUCAAUUCAUAGCCGCCGACGUACUAAUUUUAACAUCUAGCGAGCCGAACGGGUUGUGUUACAUUGAAACGUCAGAGUUAGAUGGGGAGACCAACUUGAAAAUUAGACAAUGCCUGGUCGAGACGGCCGAAAUGGCCCAGGACGACGCACUGCUCAGCGAAUUCGACGGCGAAAUCAUCUGUGAGAUGCCGAACAAUCUCCUGAACAAGUUCGAGGGCGUGCUGAUCUGGAAGGGUAAAUCCCACUCGCUGGACAACGACAAGAUCAUGCUGAGAGGAUGCCGGCUCAGGAACACGCAAUGGUGCUAUGGCGUCGUCGUCUUUGCCGGCAAAGAUACGAAGUUGAUGCAGAACAGCGGCAAGAGCAAGUUCAAGCGCACGAGCAUUGAUAGGCUCCUUAAUUUUUUAAUUAUAGGAAUAGUAUUUUUUUUAUUGUCCAUGUGCCUUUUCUGUAUGGUGGCCUGCGGAAUAUGGGAGUCCCUCGUCGGUCAGUACUUCCAAACGUACCUCCCGUGGGACACGCUCGUGCCUACGGAGCCGAUGGGUGGCGCCACUAUCAUAGCCCUGUUGGUGUUUUUCUCGUACGCGAUCGUCCUCAACACCGUCGUGCCCAUAUCGCUGUACGUGUCCGUCGAGGUGAUCAGAUUCGUGCAGAGCUUCCUGAUCAACUGGGACGAGCAGAUGUACUACGAUAAAACGGGCACUCAUGCCAAAGCCAGAACUACCACACUUAACGAAGAAUUAGGCCAAAUAGAAUACAUAUUUUCGGACAAAACCGGUACACUUACUCAAAACAUAAUGACGUUUAACAAAUGUUCGAUAGCGGCUCAAUCGUACGGCGACGUCAUCGAUCAGAGGACGGGCGACGUCAUGGAAAUAACGGACGACACUGAACCUUUAGAUUUCUCGUUCAAUCCCAACUAUGAGCCAGAGUUUCGGUUUUACGACAGGCACCUUUUGGACGCCGUCCGGCGAAGGGACGCUGACGUUUACAGUUUUUUCCGGUUGCUGGCGCUGUGCCAUACCGUGAUGUCAGAUCAGAGUGACGGUAAACUCGAAUAUCAGGCACAAUCACCCGACGAAGCAGCCCUCGUUUCGGCGGCCAGAAACUUCGGCUUUGUAUUCAAAGAGCGCUCGCCCAACAGCAUCACCAUCGAGGUAAUGGGCGUCAAGGAGGUAUACGAGGUGCUGUGCAUCCUCGACUUCAACAACGUCAGGAAACGAAUGUCGGUGAUACUGAGACGAGACGGGAAACUGAAACUUUACUGCAAAGGCGCUGACAGCGUCAUCUACGAGCGACUCAAAAACACCCAAGACGACGUUAAGCAUAAGACUCAAGAACAUCUGAAUAAAUUCGCCGGUGAAGGUCUAAGAACGCUCGUGCUGGCCUGCUGCGAUUUGGACGAGGUAUACUUCAACAACUGGAAGCAGAGGCAUCAAGAGGCAGCCGUUUCGAUGGAAGACAGAGACGAAAAACUCGACGCGCUCUACGAGGAGAUAGAGAAAGACUUAGAACUGAUCGGAGUGACGGCUAUUGAGGAUAAGCUGCAAGACGGCGUACCUCAAACGAUAGCCAAUCUUAUUUUAGCCAAUAUCAAAAUUUGGGUGCUGACGGGUGAUAAACAGGAGACUGCCAUCAAUAUCGGUUACUCGUGCCAACUGCUCACGGACGAACUCGUUGACCUCUUCAUCGUGGAUGCCUCCAGCUACGACGAGGUCCAGCAGCAACUACUCAAGUUCCGCGACAACAUAAAGAUCGUGCACACGUUUCAACCGCAACCUCGCAGCCCCAAGGAUGUGAAUCAAACGUCAAACGGUCGUCUGGAGACGGGGGAGAGUUCGAAAAGUGGUCAUGUGACCACCCCUCACGUUAUCGCCCAUCCGCCGGCUGUCAGCGUCGUCACUUUCAGCACGGAAUUGGGCAUUCAUGACGAAAAUGACAUCCAUGAAGAAACUCCCGGCGGUUUCGCUAUCGUCGUUAACGGCAACUCUUUGGUACACUGCCUCCAUCCCCAGCUGGAGAGGCUGUUUUUGGAGGUCGUGAUGCAGUGCAAAUCGGUAAUUUGCUGCAGGGUGACGCCCUUACAAAAAGCCUUGGUGGUCGAAUUGGUUAAGAAAAAUAAGCAGGCGGUUACGUUGGCUGUGGGAGAUGGAGCUAAUGACGUGUCUAUGAUUAAAGCUGCACAUAUCGGAGUCGGGAUAUCAGGUCAAGAAGGUAUGCAAGCGGUCCUAGCUUCAGAUUAUUCGAUAGCCCAGUUUAGAUUUUUGGAAAGGUUAUUGCUGGUACACGGACGAUGGUCUUAUUAUAGGAUGUGCAGUUUUCUGAGGUACUUCUUCAAUAAGAACUUCGCGUUCACGCUGUGCCACUUCUGGUAUGCUUUUUUCUGUGGUUUCAGCGCUCAGACUGUAUUUGAUCCUAUGUAUAUAUCAAUCUACAACUUGUUCUACACAUCCUUGCCCGUUCUCGGCGUCGGCAUUUUCGAUCAAGACGUAAACGACAAGAACAGCGUCAUCUUUCCUAAACUGUACACGCCGGGACACUUAAAUCUGUUCUUUAACAAGAAAGAAUUUUUUCGAAGCGCUCUUCAAGGGUGUUUCGUUUCAAUGGUGCUUUUCUUUGUUCCUUUUGGUACUUACUACGACGCGGUUGGUCCCAAUGGUCACGGGUUAUCGGAUUAUAUGCUGUUUUGCAGUGUGACUGCUGCCAUAUUGGUUAUCGUUAAUACAGCACAGAUCGCCUUAGACACGAUGUAUUGGACGGUGUUCAAUCACGUAAUGAUUUGGGGCUCGCUAGGGUUCUAUUUCGUAGCCGACAACUUUUACAAUUACCUCUGCCACGGACCGUACGUCGGCGCUCUCAUUAAGGCGAUGUCCGAAUUGAAUUUUUGGUUCACUACCGUCCUAGUUGUUAUCAUCUCCAUAAUGCCCGUGCUGGCGUGGAGAUUCUACUUCGUCGACGUGUUCCCCACGUUGUCAGAUAGAGUCCGAUUGAAGCAAAGAAUGGCUCAGGUGCGAACGAGACACAGCAUGGACAUUCUCAGAACGCCGUCUGCGAGACGCGUGCGCCGUUCGAUACGGUCUGGUUAUGCGUUCGCUCACCAGGAGGGCUUCGGUCGUCUUAUCACCUCCGGAAAGAUCAUGAGGAAGUUACCGAAUCCCGAGUUCAACAUACCGAACAUCAUGAAUAAGCUGAACAUGACGAGUGGCAACGACAACCAUAACCACCAUCACAACAAGGCCGCCACAAGUAGCGCCGGAGGCGUUACGGCUUCGCCUUCUGAUGGUAGCAGCAGUGGCGGCGCAGGUAGGGCCCCGAUCCAGGACCUGGACACAAUCAAUCUGUGACGAAGGGGUUCCGAUUAGGACAAUUUUUAAAAAGAGGGGCAAUGUUUUUAGUUUUGUUUUCGCUACUUAAGUAUCCAAAAGUAUUGUUUUUUGGUUGUUGUUAAAAAAAAGAAGACAACUCGAAAAAAAAAACGAAGUUACGGAAAAUGAAUGUUUCAUAUUGAUUUUUUUUAUGUCAGAACGAUCUAACUCGCCAUAUUCGUUAAUUGUUAUAAAAUAUUGGUUCCGUAGAAUUUAAUUUCUUUGUAGGCGUCAUGGUAGUAUUAAAAGUAUCGUUGUUUUAAAUGGAAAUUUCUUUCAUUAAAUGAAUUGCUUUUUUGCAACUGGCGGCUAUAAGCUGGCUGUCCAAAUAAUAAUUGUGUUCUCUAUUUUUUCUUGUUGCUUUUUGCACCUAGUUCAGUAUUAAUUAGUCCAUUUGGUGCUCGAGUUUGUUUUUCCCUUAUACAAUGUGAUUCAAAACUAAUUUUAAAAAAAUAUAUAUUAUGUACGCAAAAUAACUAAUCAGAUCCAAAAUCUUGAGAAACAUCUAGAAGUUCUCUAAUUUCCACUUGUGUUCUCAAAAAACCAUAAUAGAGCAAUGAAUGGACUUUUAUUUUAAUAAGCUGUAUUUCUGACAAAUUUGGAUUUAAAUGAGCUACGAGUUUUCUAAAAAGGGUUUAUGAGAAACAAUUGCUGUAAAUGAGAAAGCAUUGCAUUAUAGUUAAAUUCCUCGCUUUUAAUGUCUGUAGAAGACUAGUUAGUUUUUGACGUAUCACCUUGUCGAAUGCCUUUUACAUAUCGAAUACAUUAGCUUCAAAUCUAAAUUUGAAGAAAAUACGCCUAUUUAACACGUUUAAAACUGCAACAGCUUGUGAUAAAAAUAAAAAAAAAUGUUUAUUAAAAAAAAGUAUUCUUCGUUUGCCAAUAAACUAAUUUAUUUAACUUAAAUUGUGACGUGUCAAUAUUUGUUGUGAUUUUUGUUUGUUUUUUCAUUUAAAUCCAAUCAAAUGUAAAAUGAUUAUAUUUAUUAGAGAAAAGGUUAAAGACAUCUGUGAUAAUAGAUUAAUUAGUUAGUUAAAUAAUUUAGACAGCCACAAUGAUGAAAUUCGUUUAAAAGAUUUAUAAAUAUAUAUAUUUAGCGUUUGCAAAAUCUUAGAAAUGAUGUACUUAAGCACGUCGUGUCUUAUAAUUAGAAAAAAAAAUGGUAAAUAUUUUCUGGAAAGGAAAAGGAAUGAGAAAAUUAGUUAUAAAAUCAAGAGGUCGCGGCCAAAAAUGGACCCUUGUAGACCUUUCGAUAUAUAUAACUUCAUUUUAACGAUUCUAAUUUAUAAACGGACAUUUCUAUAUCAUUCAUUACGAUUAUAAAGUUAAAUCAAGAUGAUCGGUCUGAAAAUUGACCCUUGUGGACCUCUCGACAUAACUAAUUUCAGUUUAACGAUUUUAAUUAAUGUACAAUUUAUAAACAGACAUUUCUAUAUCAUUAAUUACGAUUAUGGAGUUUUAAUUAAAUUUGUCUGUCCUGCAAAAUGGUUGUGGUAAAUUUCAGUUUUUUCUUCUUUUUCUAAAGGACCUGUUUUGGGGUGGUAAUUUUGGCAAAUAUUUAGCAUUUUUGUGAUAUAAUUAUUUGGGAAAUCGUUUUCCUAAGUCCAAACCGUAUGAAUACAGGGUGUUUAUUUUAUCCUGAUUUAACGUUUUUUAGUGUAUUUAAAAAAUAAUGCGAAACACAAACGCAGGUCCGUAUUAAAAAAAAAAUUAUGUUUAGUUUGGUUCAUAAACAUUUUUUCUAGAGUUAUAUUAAUAACAAAUAUAAAAAUAAGAUUCGUAUUUAUAAAAAAAAAUAUUGAUGGUGGUCCUGAAAGGCAAAAAACGUCGCAUGGAAAAUUUAAUACGACAGGAUAGUAAUUUGUAUAAUUUUAUACAAAAAUUAUUUUUCAUUUUUAAAUAAAGAUGAUACAAAGAAAAAUAAGUAAGGUUAAAUCAUGAUAAGAAAAACAUCUGCAGGGUUUUCAGUAAAUAUACCUACUUUUGAGGGUAGUAGGGAACAUUAAACUAAUUAGCACCAAAAACUCUUCUAUUCUAUCCUAACCGUAGCAAAAUUUUUAUUUAUAUAAAACUAUUUUAUAUCUUUCUGUUUUAAUUUUUGAUCUAUCAGUACUAUCGAUGUCAAUUCCGAAAGGUUUUCCUAAUCCGGGGAUUUUCGAGAUACGUACGACUAAUCCCGAGAUUAGAUGUAUGAAAAAAAAUCAAAAUAAAAUUCGAAAAAAAAUUAUUUUAUUAAAACACGAAAAUUUAAAAAAAACUCUUAAACGAUCUCAAAGAAAUGUGUUGUAAAUACCAACAAAUAAGGUUUAGAUUUAUAUUUUUUUUAAAAAUACCACCAAAAUAUCAGUGAGUAUAAAGUUUAAUCUCGCAGCCUCGGAACUUAUUUUAUUACAUAAAAAUCCUGUGAAGAAGAAAUAUCUCUCUUGAUUCCACGCUUGUGGACUGAAUGGUUAAUAAAAAUUCAAAGAGUUUUUGAAGUUUACAUUCCCGUUUUAUCCCGAGGUUAGAUCUAAUAUUAUCCAGCUAUUUUCGAGACAGAUUUUCCGUUGGGAUCCCUGAACUCCCAGAGCCCGGAAUUGACAUCUCUAAUCAGUAUUGCUACCUUUAAUUUUAGUAGAUUUCGUUAGGCCAUAAUGUUUCUCAAUGAAAAAUUGCCGAUUUUAAUUAAAGAUUUCCCUUCACUAUAAAGGGUAUAUCAACUAUUUGAGAUAGGAUUGAAACUUUUAAAAGAAAGUUGUGAAGAACAAUGAAAGCUCUGUUUAAAAAAUUACUAAUAUGUUAUAAAACUUAUCAAAGUUGUUGUUUUCCUUUGAACGAGUAUUCCUCAAGAAUAUAAGGAUGUAUGGGUUUAUCCAGGUGUUUCGGAAUUUAUGGUGCAAUCUACAAGCUGUACCAUUCCAUUAGUGAGUGUAAGUCCAAUAUGUCAGUUGUUUUUAAAAACACGAGGCAAUGUCGGAUAUAACAGAUUUACGGUUCGCAGAAGCGCCCAUUGUAAAAAUAUUUUCCAAUAUACAGGCCUCCAAAAAGCAAGACAUAUUUUUUUUCUUCUACUAAAUCAACAUAUGUCUAAAUUCAGUUUCCUUAUGACUUUAAAAAAUUGACUUUUUCAUGCUUUGACAAGUUGUAGAACCCAAACACUUGAAAUUAGAAUAAAACGGUUUACAUGUCCCUAUCUUAGUUUUUCAUAUCCUAUUCAGAUAUACGAACUUUUGGAUUAAUAGAAUAUAAAAGGUCUAACUUCCGGUUAAACCAAAAGUAGGUUAUUUUAUUGCAUAUUUGAAUAAAAAACUAAGAUACGGAGAUGUAAACCGUUUUAUCUUAAUUUCAACUGUGUGGGUGCUACAUUGUGAAAAAGUUAAUUUUCAAAUGUCAAAAGCUUGAAAACAAUAGAAUUAAGACAUAUAUGGCGUUUUAGACAAAAAUACUUAGAUUUUUUACUAGAAUUCAAAAAUAAAAUACAAGGGUGUAAGUAAUAUAUAAAUUUAACAUUAAUGUGGAAACAAACAUUAAUCAAAUUUACUUUAGGCUUUAGAUAAGGCAAGAAAUAAAUUCUACUUUCUAAGCGUUCAUAAUAGGAAAAAUUCUAAACUUAUCUCUUUUUAAAUGGUUCUCUUCAAAGAUGUAAAAGAAAGCUCUCUCUUCGACUUCGGGUCAGUAGAUCAAAUGACUUUGUUCAAGGGGGUGGAAUGUGGAAGGUAGUUUUGUUUAUUUAAUCCGACAGUACAACCAUUUAUUUAACGUUAAAGAAACUAUUAUAUGUUUAUAACAUAACCUCCAAAAUUUAAGCCAUCUUAAAAGUAGGUUUUGAACGAUAAAAUGAGGAAAUGGUAAAUAGGAAGGAUCGGAUAAAACGUUUUAACUAUUAUUUUACAGAAAUUAAAGGUAUUUUAAAAUAGUUAAAAAUGUAACAUAUCAAUCGUAACAUAAAUCUUAGUUUAAUCAUUAUAUGGAAGGCCUUAAACACAAAAAUAUUAAUAUCAAACCUUGCCCUAAUAAAUAAGACGGCUUUGGAGAACCAAAAUGCAACUGAUAGCAGAUUAUUCCGAUUUACAAAGUUACGUCUUCCAGCAUCGAAAUUCAGAAAGAAUGACAAUGUUCAAAAACGUCAGCGAUCGGAGAUAUCAUAGAUAUACCGUUCAAUGAUUGGCAGCACCGAAUCGUGACACCGAUUAGAGAUAGGACUCUAGAGAUUGGAGAAAAGUAACAGUAUCGUAGCUCUACCGCCUAAUAAACAAUUUCUGUCAUGUUUAUUAUUUCUUCAGUGCCUAAUUUCAUUUUGAAGCAAAAAAUAUUAGAUUUCGACUAUAAAUUCACCUUAUCGAUAAUUAAAUGUCAAGUUUAUUGUCAAUUUCUAUAACAUUCAAAUGUUUCAAGGAUAAUUUGAAAUUUUGCUUUAUUUUAAGAUCAAAUUUAUUUUAAGUUUGAGAGCAAUUAUUGUAGAUAGACUUGUAAAUACAUUUCAUAUGGAGAUCAAGUAGUCAAAUCCUACAUUUUCUGCAAGCUCGUAAUGUGGACUAUUCUGGUGUGACCCAUUUGAAAAAAUGAUAAAAAGUUUUCCGAAUUUUGGUUUCCCCCGUAUGGGAAAAACGCCAUUCAGUAAAAUUAUGAAUAGGAAAUAAAAAUACACUAUUUUCGAGAAUAUUUGGUAGAAACUUUUUUGUAUUCCAAAUUAUUGAUUUCAAAAUAUAGAAAAAAGUGAUCCUGAGUUUUGGUUGCCCCUGUAUGAAAAAUGAAAAUACACCAUUUUAUUUGGUAGCAAAUUUUUCUUAUUUCAAAUUAUUGAUUUUAUGAAUCCAUUUUGUGACAUAAAUUCCGAACCACCCGAUAUAAACCCAUACAAUACUAUAUUUUUGGGAAACACUUCCAAAGGAAUACAAUCUAAUGAAAAUAUAUAGUGGUUUAUGUAGAAAAGCAUUUGAUGAGUCACAUUUAUCGAACACCCUGUAUAUUGUUGUUAGUUUAUUUUUAAAACAUUCAUUGCUUUUUACAAUUUUAAUUUGAAGCAUUUUUUCCUAUCUCAAAUAGGGAAACGGUUAUUGUCCACCCACGCAUUAUUAAUACACUCUACCCUGUUACUUCUAUCGAAAUCAUACUAAUGUCGAUUUUUUUAUUGUUUUAAAAUAAGUACUUUUUAUUGAAUAUCUUAUUCAUUAAACAUUACAAGGACAAAAUCUAAUGCUUAAUAAUUUAUGAAAAUAUAGGUCCAAUCCUCAUCAAAAUAUUUAAUUAUUAAAGGAUUACAAAUCUUUUUUUUUUUAAUUUAGCAUCCUCUAUCUUGGAAGCGAAGCAUAUUUAGACAUAUGUAUAAUUGGUUUGAUAUUCCUACUACCUCUGAAAGUUUGUUCAGCAUAUUUACGGGAUACACUGUAUCCAGGGUGUACCAAUAAAAACUAAGCCCGAUAUUUUGGUAAGAAAUAGAGAUAUUUUAAUUCUGUAAAAGCCAGUUCACAGAGCACUAAGAGAGCUUCAGUUUUAGAUAUAAAUUGAUUUUAAAUAGGUCAAUAUAUAGAUGGCGCUGCACACAAUUUAUUUAUUUAUUUUUUUUUUUUUUUUCGAUAUAAUGCUCAUUCAUAUUUAGCGCAUCUUCUAAAAAAUUCAUUUUCAGCAGAUUUUGUCCUAUGAAAUAAUUCGAUAAAUCUAGCCAUUUUUGAUAUACAGAGUGGGACACUCACAACAGUUUCAUCCUGUUUUUCGGCAUUAAUCAUUGGAUUUUAAGAAACUACUAAAACAGGUCAAUUUUUAUUCUAAAUUGAACACAUUUUUACACAAAAUUAUUUUAUAUCUAAAACUGAAGCUAUCUUAGUGCUCUAUGAACCGACUUUUACCGAAUUAAAAUAUCUCUAUUACUUAGCAAAAUAUCCGACAUGGGAGUAUUUAUUGGUACACCCUAUAUACAUCGUCAGUUGUAUAAUAUUAGAAAAUAUCGGUAUAAAAGCUUAAUUUAAAAACUACACUCAUGACAAAAACAGAGCUCUUAGAAGUAGCAAUUCAAUGUAUAUCAACAAUUGAAGACCUUGGUGCAAGAAUACAUCUUGUUUUUACAUAAAAAUAUAAGAACAAAUGUAAAAAUUAGCAAAAAAAAAUUAUUUUUUUUAACGUCAAUGUAAAAAAAAACAAUGACAGUUCAUUUGAUGAAAGUCAUUAUGACCGUUUUUGCACCAAAUUGGAAAGGGGACGAUUCAAAAGUACUUAUAACAUUGGUGUUUAUUAACAUAUUCGUCUUGUUCUUACACCAAGUCAUACCUUAUGCUUUGUAGAAGCUCGUGGAACACUUAUAUUCUUCUUGCACCAAGGUUUUCAAUUUAUAAAUAAAUAACUACUACACACCCAGUAUAUAAUAUAUAAUGAAACAUUCAUUUUCCCAAUCAAAAACUUAUUGUAUUUUUUAUAAAACGUGCACUUUUUAUGUUUUUUAUUUUUGUAAAGAUAUAUUGUUGAUAUUUACGAAAAUUGUAUGCAGGUUGUCCAAAAUUCCAAAACAAAAAUGUAUUCAUCAGUGAAACGAUUAUCAUUUAGUUUUUACAGUUUUUGAAUCCAUAAUGUUAUUGUUUUUACUACACAAAAACAAAACAGUAAUAAAAUAUACAAUAAAUAUUUUCGAAAUUGUUUUAUGUAUAUAAUAAACAAAUUUUUAUUAGACACUGACAGUAUUUGUAAUCGUUGCGUUGUGCAUACAGGAUGUCUCCGAGAUAAUUUAAAAAAAAAUUAAUUCAGCUACAACUUGUAUUAUAGAAUGAAGAACGAUACAUAUUAAACAACUGUUGACCAAUUUGAAGAUUUUUGGGACAAUCUGUAUAAAUAAAAAAAAAAUGAAAAUGUUUAUUUGCUAUUGUAAGUAACCGCUAUGUGAUCUUUCACUUAAAAAAAAAAACUUAGACAUAAAAUUAUACAUGUACAGUAUGAGACCAUUUUAUGUUUUUAGACCUUAAAUGUUAAGCUUCUACUAGUCAAAACAAAGUAUGUUUAAUGUUAUAAUGAGAAAAAGUAUUUCUUUAUUACCAAGUUAUUUAAGAUUAUAUGCUUUUCGUUUUUUAUUAAGAAUAAAAUUUAUUUUUUCUUUA